AUGGCCAGUCAGGCAAACAGAGGCAGCAUGGCCAGUCAGGCAAACAGAGGCAGCAUGGCCAGCAGGAUGAGUGAGCACGGUGGCCACGCAAGGGGCAGCAUAAGAUCUCGUUUGACCACGCGGUCGGCUCACACGCGCCACACCGCACGCUCACAGAUGACCAGACUGACAGGCCAGACUGGCCAGACUGGCCAGAGCGGACGGACCGCGGGGACGUUGGCGACGGCGAUGACCGGUCUGAGCCGGCUGGCGCGGUUGAGGGAGGCCGGCGAGAUCUUUGAGUUCCAUUAUGGUGUCACACAGGCACUGCGGCCCAACAUUGUGAGCAACAAUGCCCAAGUGAACCUCGACGCCGUCGCGGAUGAGUACGGCCACCAUGGGCGGAAGAGCGGUGUGGAAGAAGGAGAGUCCGUUGCCGCACCGCAGGGCAGUGGCAUCAUAGCAGCGUUGGACUUCAUCGGUAAGCUUCCACGCGAUUUGCGGCUUGACAGGUAUCUUCCGGCCGCUCUCAUCAUGCUUUCAAGCUUCAACAACACUGCAUCUUACGGCAUUGAGUUUGGCACUUUUGCCAUUUUUUUCAAGGAAGUGCAUGGCUGGGAGUCAGCCACUUGGGCAGGCAUUUGCCAAACUGCCGGGGACCUUCUGGCUGCGGUGGUGAUGGCUGUCUUGGGCCAGCCCACCAAACAAGAUCUGGAUGAGCUUUCAGGACUCCGGUGGUUGUGGCAUUCUUUGACUGGCCAGCCCUACAUCAUAAGCUGCUACUUCCUUGGUUGGGUCCUACUGAACUUUGGGAUGUGCCUCCCAUGGUUGCCAGCCGCCGUAGCGUCUCAGAUCAUCAUGGGCACCUUGUUUGUCUUCGCGCAGAAGGCAUCGACGGAGAUCAACCUGUUCUAUUCCCUAGGCGAUUCCCAAGUCUUCUUGAUCUUGCAAGUGCUUUCCAGAAAUGCAGAUUGCCUGGGUGGAAUGCUGGUGGGCUACCUGGGUCUGGCUCUUUACGAGCUAGAGCCCAUAAGUCCCUUCCUUUUCAGCGGUUGCGUGUCCACAGUUGCUUUCAUCGUUUACACCGCAGGCAUGUACUGUCGUGUUGGCUUCGGGAAGGACAUUGAGGUCGCUGAAGCCCAGCGUGCUCGCAGGAAGGGCCUGAGGAGAAUCAGCACCUGGAAGAGUCAACGAAAAUCUCAAGCUGUAGUGGAUUAG